AUGGGGGGCCUUGUGAUCAAGAAAGCUUUCGUGUUGGCAUGUCACCAAAACAAAAAGCUAGCAGAACGUGUCCGAGCGAUCUACUUUAUCGCAACCCCUCAUCGGGGUGCAGACUUAGCAAAGACGCUGAAAAACAUUCUCCAACUUGUGUUUUCGGCCCCAAGCUAUGUUGUCGAAUUAAUCCCCGGCUCCGAUGUUCUCCAGGCAAUCAACGAUGACUUCCGUCAGCAUGCUGAGGGCUUGGAACUUUGCUCAUUUUACGAGACGCGGCAGUUCAGGGCCGGCAUUGGCAUCAGUGCCCUCGUCGUCGAUCCAGAGUCUGCUAGAUUGGGAUACCCUCGAGAGAAGCAAUACCCGAUGAAUGCUGAUCAUCGGUCGAUAUGCAAGUUUGACUCGCCAAAGGAUGAAAAUUACAGAAUUGUCCGCAAUGCGCUUGCAUCCACUGUUCAGAAUAUUAGAGACACAGUCAACACUGCCGAGACCCAGGCCAGUCCUCGUCAAGACCAAAUGGAGACCCUGGCGGAGUACCUUGGAGUUGUGGAUGAGGUUAUGAAUGACUUAGCCGACGACUUGGCGGAUAUUCGAGAGCUUCGACUUCCAGGUACCUUUCUGUCUGGUUUCAUUGUCGACGACCUUGAAGUGUCAGAUGCCGCCUACAGUUACUACUUCUUCAAGCAUGGUGAUCGUUCCAAAUCUGCGCUGAGUACUUGUCUACGAUCAUUAGCUUUCCAAAUGGCAUCCUUGGAUCCUGGCAUCCGUGAUUUGUUUCUGAAACUCCACAGUAGCCGUGUGAAAGUCGAUUAUGGAAAUGAACGGAGUCUCUGGCGAACCUUUUUUGCACCAAAGGUUUUUAAAGAAGCAACUGUUCAACAUUUCUGGGUCAUCGAUGCCUUGGAUGAGUGCUCAAACUUUGCCCCUCUUCUCGAAUCGAUGCUUUCCAAGAUGGAGAAUGACGGCCGUCUGCGAAUCUUGAUCACUAGCCGUGAAACACCGGAACUCUGUCGGCUCUUCUCGACGCUGGGCCCUGGCAAACAUUUUACAGCUCACAUCUCUCCAGAAGAAACUCUCUCGGACAUUAAACGACUCGUGGAGCAUAAGCGAUCGGCUUUGUGCACUUUAGAUGAGGAGACCCGUCAAAUACUGGAAAAAAGGAUCAUUGAGAAAUCUAAGGGAUCGUUUCUCUGGACAGUUUUGGUGCUUGAAGAACUCUCCAAGUCCUAUAUUAGAAGGGAUGUCGAAACGGUUCUUGAGGAAGUUCCGCGAGGUAUGGGACAGCUCUACUACCGUGCUCUCGAAGCGAUGGCUGUCGCUACUCGGGGAAAAGAGCUGGCCAAGGCCUUAUUGACCUGGACGGCCUGCGUGAUCAGGCCACUGACGCUCGCAGAACUCCAAGCCGCAUUAGAGAUCGACCUUCGAGACAAGAUAGCCAAUAUGAAAGAGACUAUCAGGACACUGUGUGGACAGCUACUUGUCAUCGACAAGCAAGAACGGGUUCAGAUGGUUCACGAGACAGCUCGAGAGUUCCUCCUCGAUACCCAGCUUGGUCGCGCGAGGAUCAGCGAGCUCAAGGGCAGCAAAGAAGUCGGAUUUUUUCCUUUAUGCCAGUACGAUGUUCUCAACUCAUCUCGCCAAGGCCAAUCCAACGUCGGAUGA